AUGUCGACUGCAAACAAAUUUACUGUGCUCAUUGUGCGUUUUCACCGUCCCUUGAACCUUCUUGCUCGACGUUUGACGGUCUCCACUCUCCAGGCCGGUGCGGGCCCCGCUGGCCUCGUGCUUGCGCUUCUCUUACUGCGCAGUGGCAUUUCCGUGCGCAUUAUCGACAAGGAGCAGACCCACCGCGUUGGCAGCCGCGGGGCUGGCGUCCAGUCUCGCACGCUCGAACUCUACGCGCAGCUCGGGCUGUACGACAAGAUCAUUGCGUGCGGCGGCGACAUACCGAAUAUCGCACUGUACAAGCCAGGCAAGGAGAACACCACGCCGAUGAAGGAGUUCCGCUUGACCCCGCUGGUGGAUGCGACACCCUCCAUGCCCUAUCCCAACACGAUGAACAUCCCACAAGACGCGCACGAGGCCGUGCUCCGUGAGGCUCUUGCUGCACUGGGCUGCACUGUCGAGCUCGGCGUCGAGUUGGCCAGCUUCGAGCAGCAGCCCGACUUUGUCCGCGUGACGCUGAAGCGCGCAGGUGGUGACGACGAAACCGCAGAAGUGGCGUGGCUGGUCGGGGCGGACGGCGCUCACAGUGUCGUGCGCAAGGGCCUCGGACUGAGCUUCCUCGGUGAGACACACGAGGAGCAGGAGAUGUUCCUCGGUGACAUCGAGAUCGAAGGGGUUACACCCGGCUUGUGGCACAUGUGGGCCGACCCGCGACAGACGAUAGUCCUUCGCGGCACCACGCCCACCUCUAAUGUGUAUACCUUCGCGUGUCUGCCCGGCGCUUCCGGCCCGCUGUCUGGCCCAUUCACGCGCGAUGAGUUUGUCAAGAUCUUCUAUGACAUCACACAGCGCACCGAUAUCUCCUUCGGAUCCGCCUUGUGGCUUUCGCAUUACCGCGCCAACAUCCGCAUGGUCGACGAGAUGCGCGUUGGGCGAGUGUUUGUUGUGGGCGAUGCAGCGCACUGUCACAGCCCUGCUGGCGGCCAAGGCCUCAAUUCCAGCGUCCAAGACUCUGCAAAUCUCGCAUGGAAGCUCGCGCUGGUCAUCAAGAACCUUGCGCCGGACUCGCUGCUCGACACUUACGCCGAAGAGCGCCUCCGUGUCAUUGCGCAGAUGCUCAAGCUCACCACGUUGCUGCACAAUACCACACAUAAGAUGCGGCAGCAGCCUAAUUCGGACGCCGCGGAAAGCGCUACUGCGGGCGGCCGCCGUAAGCAUGCGGAGCUCUCGAUGCUGGGUGUCAACUAUUGCGGGAGCUCAAUCAUUGCGGAAAACGAUGAUGCGGACAAAGGCCUGGCCCCGGCGUAUACGGCGAGUCUGACGGACAUCGGCGCGCUGCCAGGCUACCGCGCACCGGAAGCGCCGGGACUGGCAGGCGAGGGCGAGAAGGAGACAAGCUUGUUUGCGGUGUUUGACCUGAGCAAGCAUACCAUCUUGCUGUUCGGUGACGCUCUUGUCAGCGCCGAUGCUCUUGGAGAGCUUCGCCUGCCGGCUGGGACGACCAAGGUGGUGCAUAUUCUUCCAACAGGCGUCGCGCUUGAGAAGGUCGGCCGCGCAGAUGUGGUGCUCCAGGACACACGGGGCCAUGCAUACGCCACCUAUGGCAUUGCAGAGGGCGAGACGGCACUGGUAGUUGUGCGUCCUGAUGGGGUCGUCGGCGCGGUGGAGGGUGGGAGCGUAAAGGAGGCGGUGGCGGGCGUGGGGAAAUAUUUCUCCAAGAUUCUUGGAUCGGAGAUGAGCUUGUAA